AUGGCUGUAGUACCAGGUUUGCUUGAGUAUGUGGGUGAAGAGUUUCAGGACAGAGGAGAUUACCAGAAGGUUUCAGCAGGAGAGAGAUCCACUGAGGUCUUUCUGGAGGGAGAGGCACACCUUCUUCAAGUCUUGAAGUGCGGUAUUCGUCCUGCUCAGGGAGAGGUUCCAAUUUUGUCGAAUUUCUGGAAUCGUAUUGUUGGAGGCAAAGAGUCGGAACCUGGAACACAUCCUUGGCAGGUUUCCUUGAAACGACGUCAAUUCCAUUACUGCGGAGGGACGAUUAUCAGUGAGAAGUGGGUGUUGACAGCAGCUCACUGCAUACGGGGCAGGAACAUCUUGUCCAUAUUGAAGGUAACAGCUGGGGAAUAUAACCUGAAACACUUGGACAAAGAGGAACAAACACUAACAGUCAAACGUGUUAUCAUACAUCCCAAAUUCAAAGCUGCGUAUCCAGUUGAGUAUGAUAUUGCUCUUCUGGAACUCAAUGGCAUCUUCACCUUUGGUGAAAAUAUUUAUCCAGCCUGCCUACCUGCUGAAGAUGACACCUUUGGUACAGGCACCAUUUGCAGCACUGCUGGCUGGGGACGCCUAUCUGAGGGUGGAAGACUACCAAACACUUUACAAGAAGUUGAGCUUCCCCUGAUUGAUUUCAAGACCUGCUUAAAGGCGAUGCAGUCAGUGAUCAGAAAAUUCAAAGGGGAAACGCUCAUGUGUGCUGGGUUCCCCGAUGGAAGGCAGGAUGCAUGCCAGGGUGAUUCAGGAGGUCCCCUGAUGUGUCAGGGUGCAGGAGGUGCCUGGACGGUGGCUGGAGUGACAUCAUGGGGGAUGGGCUGUGGCCGCAGCUGGAAGGACAACAGCAGCAAAUCCCCGAAUAAAAGAGGGACGCCUGGGAUCUUCACUAAAGUCAAGGCUUUGAAAUCGUGGAUUCAGCAAAACAUGAACAAUGGUAUAAAAGGACACAGCAGAUCCACUUUACCUGAGGCAACGACCUGUAGCGUCAGUGAUGAGACAUUAGUUGCAGUAGAAGGCCGUCUAGCUUAACGGGGAAAUCCACAUGAAUACUAUGAAAACA